AUUUGAUCAUAUUAUGUAGUGCAAUGUUUGUUUAUGCAAUAGCUUCAUUUGAAGACUCUUACAUCAUUUUCAAUUCAUAAUGGUAUUAAUUGCUUAAAUACUGAUUUUCACAAUUUUGAAUUUACGUCAGUUAACAACAGGAUCUAUAUCGUUGAACAUGCAUUUGCCACAAUUCAAUGCCAGUCUUAGAAAAAUGGAGCACGGGUAUGCAAUAAGUAUCUUCUUCUUGCUCACAAUUCCACAUAUAUGCUGCGAGUCCCUGGGGUUUUACAUAAAACUUAUUAAGGAUACAAAACUACUUGAGACAGGACAUUCAUUUCAACAAGAUAGUAUCAGUGAAUGUGUGCAAGGAUGCAUGAAGAACAAAUACUGUCUAUCAGUAGCAUACUUUGAAAAAGAUAAAACAUGCGAGGAGUACACUGUAGCUGUUGAUGACAAAAACCUUGUGAAAGAGCUGGGAUGGGUGUUUACUUAUGUUAGAGAUAUAGAUGAGUGUGCUAGCAGUCCAUGUUUGAAUGGUGGAACAUGUGUGGAUGGAAUUGAUGGUUACGCAUGUACUUGUAUUCCUGGAUACGAGGG